GCAGUUUGCUACUGGCAGUCGGACGAGGACGAUCAGGACGACCAGGACGACGAGCACAAUCAGCAGAAGACACAAAACUCAUCUUGGAUAUGUAUCCGCAGGCGGAGUUGGAGAAUUACAAGCUGCAGGUGGAGCUGCUCCAAGAAAAACUUCAGCGCAGCGAGGACAAUCGACAGCAGCUGGAGCACAAACUAGAUAAAGUACUACAAAAGCGGAGCGAACUCGAUAAGUGCGUGCGGCAGAAGAGCCGUCAGAAGUAUCAGGAAUUUCUGGAGGAGCAGGCAAAGCGAAAUGAACGGAACAAAAAGCUGGUACAGAUGCUGGAGCGUAUUGAUGAGCAAACGGCAGUCAUGUCACAGCGCAGCGAGAGACUCAAAAUGAUGAAGCUGCAAUAUCAAAUGUACUUUGCCAAAUUGGUGCAGCACCAAACGCUGAGAAGUAUUCAACAGACAACGUCUGUUCCCGUGAUGUUGCAGCCACAGGCGACAGCAGCAGCAGCAGCAGCAGGCACAGCAACAACAGCUUCAACACCAACUCCUAUUCAAGUUGGGGCGGUACUAAAUCCACAAUCAAAUCCAAGACAGACCUUGCUGGCUGCAACUCCACAGCAAUGGGCCUAUGCCAUGGCCGCGCCCACUCCGUCACAUGCUGGCAUGUUGUAUGCACCACAGUUUACGCCCCAACCCGUCUAUAUGCCUGUGCCGGAUCUAUAUGGUGGACAGGCACUAGGCACCUCGAACCUCUUCGAUCUGCGUGCCACAUUGCGCGCUUUGGACAAUGACAAUGCCGAUUUGCCGGAGCGCAUGACGCACUUUGAGGCAGCAGGUGCACCAACAGCAACAACAACAACAGCAGCAGCGGCAGCAGCAGCAGCAGCAGCAACAACAACGCCGAAAGACAACAGUGCAAGGAAACUGAGCAGCACAUCCUCGACGUUGGCAACAUCCUCGUUGACAUUUGAUAAAUUGCCAAAGAUGGCAACGUUGACGGAGCUGGCGACUGCAACAGUCGGCGACAUCGAUGACGUAAGCGGACGACCGCAAAUGUCGCAGGAGCAACAGCAUCAGCAGCAGAGGGAGACAAUGGAGCAGCAGGAUACUUGGCCAAAUUCACGCUUGACUAAAGUCGAGCAUGAAAUAUCGCCAAGUGUCGCUGGCCAUAAUGAGCCAUUCCAGCGGCAGCAGCAGCCGCAACAACAACAGUCACAGCAAAAACACAACUUCGAAGCAUACUUUGGCGAGCUUAAAAUCGAUCAACCCUGGCAUCCACCGCCAACAACGACAACAACAACAACUCUGACAAAGCCCCGAGAACAAUUCGAAGACAAACGGGAGCUGAACGUGCGUGGAGGUGGUAAUGGAAGUGGGAGUGGGAGUGGAAUUGGCAGUGGUAGUGCUUCCAUUGGCAUCAGCAACGAUUUGCUAGACGAAGUCAAAGCCAGCCGUGCAGCUUUACAAAAGGCAGCGGCUGCGGUUGAUGAGCAGCUGGCAAGAGGUAAUCAAUUGUCACCAACGGCAACGCCAAUGGCAACGGCAGCAAUGGCAGCCAACGGCAAUGAGGCAGCUGCUAAGCCCAGAGUGUCGAUUGAGAAUAUUGAAAAUGCCAUUUACGGCGAACGUUUGACAGCAACAAGCACACCAGCAGCAGCAGCAGUAACGGCAGCAGCAACAGCAACAACAGCAACGUUGGAUUUAUUCGAGCACGCACCGCAGCAGCAGCAUCAGCACGAGUUGCAAGUGGAAACGUUGCCGGAACAACAACAACAGCAACAUGAGGCACAGCUCGAUUACGGGCAGUAUGAUGCCAUUAGUUAUGGGGAACCAGGUGAGUCCAGUUAUGCCAGCAUUGAGUCCAGCCAACUGCAACAGUUGCCGCCGCAGCAACAACAGUCGAGCGAGCCACUAUACAGUGAAAUCGGAAAUCCCACAGACUAUCAGCAAUAUGCAACGGAUGCAAAUGCAGCAACUGAGGCAGGAACUGGAACUGCAACUGGAACAGGGACUGCGCCUGCCACCGGAGCUGCUGCGGAGACUGUUGCUGAUGCAGAGGCAACACAGCAGGAAUACUCCAAUAUGGAUUACGGCAACUACGAUGCGUCGCAAUAUGCAGCUGGCUAUGAUCCCAAUGCCUAUCCAGGUUACAUAUACGACGAGACAACUGGCCAAUAUAUUGCCGAUCCCAAUGCCACGCAGUAUGCCCCCGAUGGCAGCUACGCGGGGCACGACUACGAUGCCGGUACAACAAACUAUGACUACUAUGCCGAGCAGCAGCAGAAACAGCAACAUGAACAGCAGCAACAGCAGCAGGAACAACAGGAAGCCGCAUAUCCAAUGUCCGACAACAACAACAGCAGCGAAGCAGCCGAGCCGCAGGAAGUGGAGCAAGCAACCACCGCGCCACUCGCACCACCCAUUGAUGGCGGCGUUGAUGCAAAAAGCGAAGCCACUCACUCACUAUCUCCUACUGCGGCUCUUGCCGCCAAACCUGUCAAACCCACAUCGAUACUUGCGACGACAGACAAACAAACGACGUCUAAUGAUGCGCAUCAGCAGCAGCAACAACAACAACAACAGCAACAGCAGAAGAAGAAGAAGCGCGUUAAUUUCGUUGACAGCAGCGAAACGGAUGAUAGCUCAAGCGCAAAACCAGUCCAGGAGGCACCAUCCAACAACAACGCCACCAGCAACAACAACGCCACACCAACAACUGCUGCUGCUGCGGGAGCAACUCCUGUGGCAGGCAGCGAGAGUGACUUCGAUUUUUCAACGGGCAGCGAGGCGAAGAAUUAGAACAAGCUGAAAACACUUGAGCUCUAAUUUGCUGCCAUUUGGGUUAACCAAAUGGUUGACCAAUUCACUGAUCAUUCACUGUGACCGCAUUCAAUUUAUGGCCAUUGCAUUUUUCCCUUUUUACUACCUAUUUCCAUUUCUUGUUUGAAUUUGUUGAUGUGCAUAUUCAAGAAGAACUUAUUAAAUUAUCAAUAGCUCUGUGAAUCGCAAAAGAU